UUUUGCACGCCGUCUGAUAGCUGCAUUUAUUUUUGUUAAUCUGUAAAAUUGUCUAUUAAAAGCUACAAGAACAAAAUAAUGUUAAAGCUUAAGCUCGAGGCCUUAGGUCAUCCAACUCCAAGCGAUGUGGCAUUAAGCAACCGCAAGGAGUUUGCAAGCACGGUACUGUGGCUAGAAGAUCAAAAGAUACGACUCUAUACGAUUGAGGAUCGCGAGAAAUUGCGCAGCUUGGACUAUAUGCAAAUAUGGGAAGAGGGCUACAAGAAGUACUGCAUUGAUUUAAAAAUGCCCCCAUAUGACACACAACUGGAGCAGCUCACCUGGAUGGUGGGGCAUGCAAUGCGUCUAGAGUUUCUCGAUGAUCCGGCCCAAUACGAAGUGAUCAAUGGUCAGGAUACCAGCGUGACAAAGAAUAAUGGCGCACAAUCGCAACAGAAAAUUCAAACCAUAUUCGAUGGCAAGAUAAAUGUCCAUGACAAGGAAUUUAUUGCUGGCGUUCGCGCUCUGGCCACAAAACUGAAAGUGCCCCAUCAUCCCAAUCAUUUGCUGCAAUUGGAGGCUUUAGCGCGCAUUGUGCACGAACGCGUUGGUCCGGCAGCCAAAAAUCGAAAAGCGAUUACCGGCACUCCGUUCCCCUUCGACAAGGGAAACGAUGUUGUCUCUGCCAACGAUCCAAUGCUCGAUUACCCCAUGCGCAUUCUGCGCCUACUGCAGAUUCAAAGUCUACGACAGCUACAAACUCAGAUCAACGAAACAAUUGUCUCAGUGCAGACACUGACUGCUAAUCCAAAGACUGACACCAAGCUGGGAAAGGUGGGACGCUGAAGCGAGUCAUGUCUACAUACGCGAAUAAUUGUAUUGAACAAAUUAAAUUUAACUAAUACGUUUAUAAUU